AUGGCUAGCAAAAGAAAAUCCACAACUCCCUGCAUGAUACCAGUAAAAACACUGGUGCUUCAGGAGACUGAACUGGAUGCUGUAGAAAAUAAUCGUGAAGGAACACAACAAGAUGCUCCUGCGGAAGGGCCAGCAGCUAGUGAUGCUGGUGCCAGUAGCAGUAAUAACGGAGCUUUGUCGAACGGGCACCGCGGUAUUGCUGACAGUGACACUUAUAUCUGCAAGUCUUGUGACUUUGGAUCUCAAGACGUUCAUCAUUUCUUUGGGCACUUGGACUCUGAGCACUUAGACUUUAGCAAAGACCCUGCCUUUGCAUGUGUUGCGUGUAACUUUCUGGCAAAUAGCCACGAAGGGCUCUCGCACCACAAUGCAGAGUCACAUGCUGGUGAAACGAGCUUUGUCUGGAGGGUGGCUAAGCAGGACAAUCAUACAACUGUGGAGCAAAGUCUCUGUGAGGCCACCAGCAGCCACGACCUUCCAGGAGAGGUCCCUGAAGAAGGAGUGGACGGCCAGUCUGAAAUUAUCAUUACCAAAACCCCCAUCAUGAAGAUAAUGAAAGGUAAACCCGAGGCCAAAAAAAUCCACACGUUGAAGGAGAAUGCAUCAAGUCAGUUGGGCAGUGAGUCGGAGGUGAAAGACGGAGAGCAUUCAUUCCCAAAUGGGUCCGUGCCGGUCAGCCAGCCCACUGCGAGUUCAACAAAAUCAUCUCAUAUCGUGAAUGGCUCCAUCAUAGGAAACGUGCCUGUUCUGCAGGCGGGUGUUGCACAACUUGUGUCACUGCAGCAGCAACCCCCGUUGCAUCAGCAGCUACCUACGUCCAAGUCCCUUCCCAAGGUGAUGAUUCCCCUGAGCAGCAUUCCAACAUACAAUGCUGCCAUGGACUCCAACAGCUUCCUGAAAAACUCUUUCCACAAGUUCCCCUACCCCACCAAAGCCGAGCUCUGCUACUUGACCGUGGUGACGAAGUACCCAGAAGAGCAGCUGAAGAUCUGGUUCACUGCCCAGAGAUUGAAGCAAGGCAUCAGCUGGUCACCAGAGGAGAUCGAAGAUGCUAGAAAGAAGAUGUUCAACACCGUUAUUCAGUCCGUGCCGCAACCCACCAUUACAGUUUUGAACACGCCACUGGUUGCAAAUCCUGGGACCGUCCCCCAUCUUAUUCAGGCGACUUUACCAGGCCACGUGGUGGGGCAGCCGGAGGGGACGGGGGGGCUGCUGGUCACACAGCCCAUCAUGGCGAAUGGGUUGAAGGGCACCAGCUCCUCCUUCACCUUGGCGGUGACUUCUGUCCCCAAGCCCCAGCCCGCGCCAACCAUCUCCUCGCAGACCUUCCUGGAUCCCAACGUGUAUAAAAACAAGAAGUCCCACGAGCAGCUCUCAGCCUUGAAAGGCAGCUUCUGCAGAAACCAGUUCCCUGGCCAGGCUGAAGUCGAGCGGCUGACAAAAAUCACGGGCCUGUCCACCAAGGAGAUUCGAAAAUGGUUCAGUGAUAGGAGGUAC